GUGCUUGGUGACAUCAGCUGGCGAGCAGCCUGGCAGCAGCGGCGCAGGCAGGGAGCAGGCAGGGAGCCCAGGGUGUGUGCCUCUAAGCUGGGUAUUCUGGCAAGGUGGAGAGCUGGUCUGUUUGGCAGGACCUUCCCAUCUGGGAUCCAUCUGUGUUUCCCUGGAAUCGGACAGGCGGCUCCAGGCAGUGAGAAAUCGCAGAUGUGCGGGACCUGACACAUGUCCAGCUAAUGAAAGGAGAAGGCAGGCUGGGCUCCGGCUGCGCUCGAAGAUCACGAGUGGAGGAGGAGGAGGAGGAGGAAGAGCCCUUUUGCUUUAUAUUUCAAAGAAAAUAGGUGUAUCCACCAGCAGCUGGAUCCUUGCAGCCUCGCUGUGUAGGUUGCUGGUGAGAAGAGGGUGCCAGUGAUGCCCGGAUCGCCCGUGGAAGUGAAGAUACAGUCCAGGUCCUCUCCUCCCAACAUGCCACCGCUGCCCCCCGUGAACCCCGGCGGCCCCCGGCCCGUGUCCUUCACGCCGACUGCACUGCCCAACGGAAUAAACCAUUCGCCACCGACCCUGAACGGGGCUCCAUCCCCACCCCAGAGGUUUAGCAACGGUCCUUCCUCCUCCUCCUCUUCCUCGCUGACGAACCAGCAGCUCCCAGCCACAUGUGGUGCCCGGCAGCUCAGCAAGCUGAAGCGCUUCCUCACUACCCUGCAGCAGUUCGGCAAUGACAUCUCACCAGAGAUCGGGGAGAAGGUCCGGACCCUGGUCCUGGCGCUAGUGAACUCAACGGUGACGAUCGAGGAAUUUCACUGCAAGCUGCAAGAGGCGACCAACUUCCCCCUCCGGCCCUUUGUGAUCCCCUUUCUGAAGGCCAACCUCCCGCUGCUGCAGAGAGAGCUGCUGCACUGUGCCCGCGCUGCCAAGCAGACACCCUCCCAGUACCUGGCGCAGCACGAGCACAUCCUGCUGAACACAAACACCACGUCCCCCGCUGACUCCUCCGAGCUGCUCAUCGAGGUGAACGGGAAUGGGAAGAGGCACAGUCCAGACAGAAGGGACGACAGCAGCUUUGAGAGGGACCCGCUGCCGACAGACCCUCCGGCCAAGCGGGUGUGCACCAUCAGCCCUGCGCCCCGGCACAGCCCGGCCCUCACCAUCCCCCUGAUGAACCCCGGGGGGCAGUUCCACCCCACCCCACCGCCCCUCCAGCACUACACCUUGGAAGACAUCGCAACCUCCCACCUCUACAGGGACCCCAGCAAGAUGCUGGAGCACAGAGAGAUCCGAGACAGGCACGGCGCUCUGGGUUUGAAUGGAGGAUACCAGGACGAGCUGGUGGACCACCGCUUGACGGAGAGAGAGUGGGCUGAUGAGUGGAAGCAUCUCGAUCACGCACUGAACUGCAUCAUGGAGAUGGUGGAGAAGACGCGGCGCUCCAUGGCCGUGCUGCGGCGCUGCCAGGAGGCCGACCGGGAGGAGCUCAACUACUGGAAGAGGCGGUGCAGCGAGGCCGAGCCGCGCAAGGCGGGCAGCGACCUGCUCCCCAGGCAGCACAGCCCCAGCAGCUCCGACUCCAUCGGCAGUGCAGAUUCCUUGCGGGAGUUCAGCAGCAGGUCGGGAACGGGCUACGUCACUGAGGAGAUCUGGAAAAAAGCUGAAGAAGCCGUGAACGAGGUGAAGCGCCAGGCCAUGUCCGAGGUGCAGAAGGCAGUGGCAGAGGCCGAGCAGAAGGCGUUUGAGAUGAUUGCCUCUGAGAGGGCGCGCAUGGAGCAGACCAUCGCGGACGCUAAGCGCCAGGCCACCGAGGAUGCUUUCCUAGUGAUAAAUGAGCAGGAGGAGUCUACAGAGAGCUGCUGGAACUGCGGUCGCAAAGCCAGCGAGACCUGCAGCGGCUGCAACAUCGCCCGCUACUGCGGCUCCUUCUGCCAGCACAAGGACUGGGAGAGGCACCACCGCAUCUGCGGGCAGAGCCUGCACGGCCAGAGCAAGCCCCUGGCUCUGCCCACGGGCCGCUCCGUGGCCAAGAGCCUCGAUGGCGUUCCCAGCCCAGCCCUUGAGAAGACUUCGGCGACCACGUCCCGCUCCUCCACCCCGGCAUCCGUGACAGCCAUAGACACGAACGGGCUCUGAAGGGGAAGUUUGGGUUUGCUCCCGUUGAGUGGUUUCCCUUGGGGGGGGGUUGAGCCAGAAAACGCCCCACAGCACCUCGUAUCCCGUGACACAUCUGACACAUCGCGCCGCCUCCUCGGAGCGCCGACACUCGGGCUUUGCCAUCUCAUUCUGCCUUUUCCUGGCGUGGCUCGUGAAGAACCUUGCCCACAGCACCUCGGUGCCCAUCUCCCUGCAGGGAGAACCAGAGCAUCCUUCAGGACUGGAGGACACUGGGCACUCACUCAGGGGGACCUGGACUCAGUGGGGAGCUGCCGGCGCACGCAGGAGAUGCUGAGCAUGGGGUGAACAAUGGGAGCUCCAUCCUUAUGGGCCAGACGUGCUCAAGCUCCUUCCUCAGCUUCCUUUCUUCCACAGCAUGGAUCCGUGCUCCCCUGGUGCCCAGGCACGGUGUCUCAGAUGGCCAGGGGUUGCUGUGAACAGACUGGAGCUUAUUCCCCAGCAGGAGCAUCUCGUACUCUAGUGCAAUGGCAAAAGCUGAGCUCGCUCCUCCUCUGCCUGCAGGUUGGCAGUUGGUGGUUGCAGAGGAGGAGGAGGGGAUUCAUCUGCUCUAAACCAAAUGUCAGUACCAGGGAGCUGUGGGCAGUCACUUCUGGAUGGCUUUAAUCC